CCUUCAUUCAAAUUAUCUCACAUCACAAAACAAGGGAUAUUGGACAUAUUCUUCAGACUAAUUGCUCAAAAUUAAUAAGAAAUACAAACACUUUGAAAUGGCAGAGAAAAGGGGGUAAACGUGUGUUGAGUGUUUGUUCUUCUUUGUUUUCCUACGCUCGAAAAUCUGAAUACUAAUAAUACUACAUCAAUUUGGGUUAUGAAAUAAUCUGAAAUGUCUUCCUUAACGUGUACUAACCUCACCAUCUUCACCUUAACUGGAGUACUUAUCCAAAUCAUUGGCCUUUCUCUCUUCGUUUUCGGAUUCUUCCCCGUCAAACCAGCUCUCUCUGGUUUUAGUGGUCCGGAGGCAUUUCGUGCACCGAGGUCUGAUUCAGUUCAAAAUCAUAGCAUGGCACUUCCCCCUCCUGAUAAGCUCAGAUCACUGUAUCAGGAACUAUCUGGGCUUCCCCCAUUUGAUAAGCUAAUACUAAUGGUUAUUGAUGGUCUUCCAGCAGAAUUUGUGCUUGGCAAGGAUGGUAACCCUCCACGAAGGGAAUUGGUGGAAGCCAUGCCAUAUACUCAAUCACUGUUAGCAAAUGGCAUGGCAAUUGGGUAUCAUGCAAAGGCUGCACCUCCUACUGUUACAAUGCCUCGUUUGAAAGCUCUGGUUUCUGGAGCAAUUGGAGGAUUUCUUGACGUGGCUUUUAAUUUUAACACGCAAGCUCUCUUAGAUGACAAUCUUAUUGACCAGUUUUUUAAGAUUGGUUGGAAAAUGGUGAUGCUUGGUGAUGAAACAUGGCUGAAGUUGUUUCCAGGAUUAUUUAAGAGGCAUGAUGGAGUUAGUAGCUUUUUUGUUAAAGAUACUAUACAAGUUGAUCAAAAUGUUUCUCGACAUUUGCCUGAUGAACUUAGUAGAUAUGAUUGGGAUCUCAUGAUUCUUCAUUACCUAGGCUUGGAUCAUGUUGGACAUAUUGGUGGCCGCAACAGUGUCUUGAUGGCCCCAAAACUAAUGGAGAUGGAUGAGGUGGUUAAGAUGAUUCAUACAAAUAGAAUUCUGAAUCAAAUGAAUAAUCAUGGAAGGACACUUUUGGUAGUGGUAAGUGAUCAUGGCAUGACUGAGAAUGGUAAUCAUGGAGGAUCUUCAUAUGAAGAGACUGAUUCUUUGGCUUUAUUUAUCGGUCUGAACGAUGUCUCCCGUUUUGAAUCAUUCUCUCAGAAAACUGUGGACCAGGUUGAUAUAGCACCAACAUUAGCUCUUCUUUUUAGUUUGCCAAUUCCCAAGAACAAUGUUGGAAUCCUGAUUCCAGAAACUUUUGGGCAUUUGGCUGAUGAUCAAAAGCUAAGGGCACUUGAGUUGAAUUCAUGGCAGUUGCUUAGAUUAUUGCAAGCACAACUACCUGGUUUAUCAUGUGAAGGUUUCCCAUAUCAUGAAUCAAUUGAUAAAACCUCUGGAAUAAGUAAGUGCAAUGGUAGCUUGGAGACGAAAUUUUGUUGCUUAUAUACAACUGCUGAAUUUCUCCAUAAUUCCUGGAUGUCUAAGGAUGUAUCGAGGUUUAACCAUGGGGAUGAGUAUAACAUUGCUGUUGGAGCAUACAACGAGUUUUUAAGAAUUGCAAGUGAGUGGUUAGCACGCAGAGCCACCGAUAAACCUUUCAACUUGCUUGGUUUUGGAGUUGUUGCAAUGGUCCUAUCUUGUGUAAUAUUGCUGAGCCUUCUAUGUCUAAUGUGCAAAGAAGUUUAUGGCAGAGAAAGGAAAUACGUUUCAAACUUUGACAGUAAUAUCAUGCAUGCAUGGCAUUUAGAUGAGGCUUUUGCAAUUGGUGUUAUCUUUAUCCUUGUAGUAAGUAUGGGAUCGAGUUCUAUGGUGGAGGAAGAGCAAUAUAUAUGGCAUUUUGUUAGUUCGACAUUGCUUUUGUUAUUACUGCGUAAAUCAGCACAGUAUUUACAAGUUGAAAGGGCACAGAAUAUAUUUAAUUUGUUCAGUGGAAAAAACAAAUAUAUUGGUUUUCAAACAUUGUCCAUAGUUUUGCUUCUUAUUUCUGGUAGGAUCUUGAGAGGCUGGCAUCAAGGAGGCGUGAAUUGGAGGGAUCUUCCUGAUAUAUCCAAGUGGCUUGAGCAAGCUGGGGGUGACCAUCUACUUAAAGCACUUCAGCUAGUUGCAGGCCUUCUAUUCAUUACCUUAAGCUUGGUUUCUCUAUCUGUAUUUGAUUUAAAUAGAAAAUCUGUUGCAGUGAUUGGAUUUUGCUUUUUGACUCCUGGGUUAUUGGUUUUGCAACAUAUUAUGAAACAUCAGGAUAGCAUGUUUGCACCAUCUAGCUAUACUGCAACAAUGCUGGUACAAAUAAUCUAUACAGUUCUCGGUUUUGCCACACUUGGUAUCACUGUGGCUUUACCAUGGCUAUCAUCUUGUUUGAAUUCCAAAUCAUGCUCAAAUAGAUUUUCCUAUGAAUCUGCUUCUGGCCCUGAUGAGCUUUGUUACAAGCCUCUGCUGGUGGAAUUGAGAAAUUGCUCGUUUGUGAUUGGGUGGGCAUACAUAUGCUCUUGGUGCCUUCUGCAGUUGUUACUCCAACAACCAAUUAAUUCAAUGCCUAUAUUAUUGCUGUUUUUGCAAGUUUUAGUCGGCAUGCUUUAUUGUUUUCACAGUGGGGAAGAUAACAAGCUCUGGGUUGAGGUUGCAGUGUUUUACUAUAUGGGGAUGGCGGGCCAUUAUGCUUUGGGGAACAGUAAUUCUUUAGCCACCAUUGAUGUUGCUGGAGCUUUUAUUGGCAUCUCAAGUCAUUCAACUAUACUUUCUGGGAUUUUGAUGUUUAUGAUUACCUAUGCCUCCCCAAUGCUAGCCGCUCUUAGCAUGGUGAUGUACAUCUCGAUUAAGAGCUGUAACUAUAUUGCACUUCCAAUAAAUAUGGAUUCCAAACUACUCCUGAAAAAAUUGCUGGGCUUCCCUUGUCUACUUCUACUGAGCUUGAACUCCAUUUUGUUGGUGUCGUACACCAUUGUAUUGAUAUUAAUGAGGAACCAUCUCUUUGUGUGGAGCGUUUUCUCUCCAAAGUAUCUUUAUGUGUGUGCUGCAACUGUGUGUGUCUAUAUUGGGGUCUCUAUUGUGGCAACAACUGUGAUUUAUACAUACUUGGUUCUGUCAUUUAAGAGAACCAUGCAGGGUUUUGGUUCUUCUGCAACCACUAAAGAUAAAGAAUAGAGCUCGGUUACCUUAUCUCGACCCAUAAUUCCUCUAAUUAUUUCAUUUUUUUUUUGUCUUUCUUCUUUAAUCGGACAUAAUUCAAAUUUUGUAAACCAACUCAGUAAUGAUCCGUCGGAUCGGAUCACUGAUCCGAUCCGAAUGAAUGGAUCUUUUUGCCAUGCCUAGUUUCGCAGGGCAAACUCAUCGAGUAACACGACUAGUUUGUCACAGUUGACCAAAUCUCACAUAUAUUAUGAGUUUUUUUUUUUUGAAAACUGAUAUGUAAUUAUGUAUGAGUUGUUGUAAGCAUG